AUGCCUAAGGAACAGUAUCGUGAAACAUUCGUCGGAAGAAAAAUCUCCCACGUCACAUUUAAUGUGGACAGUCCAUCAGACAUACAACAGGCGGCGCAAAUACAGGUUAUAACAAAGAACCUGUACGCACAGGACACACUGAGAGUACCGGCGAGCUAUGGAGUUCUUGAUCGCAGAAUGGGAACUAAUCAAAAAGACGCAAAUUGUGAAACCUGCGGUCUUGGCCUAGCAGAAUGUGUUGGACAUUUUGGUUACAUUGACUUGGCGCUGCCGGUUUUCCAUGUAGGAUUUUUUCGAUUGAUAAUCAAUAUCCUACAAACGAUAUGCAAGACUUGCGCAUGCGUAAUGCUACCGGAGCAAAUAAAAAACUCCUAUCGCCGUAAGUUCUUGCAUCCGGACCUAACCUACUUACAAAAGAAAAGCCUCAAGGCAGCUGUCCAUAAAAAGGCGAAAACUUGCACAAAGUGCCCAUACUGUAAUUCGUUAAAUGGAAUAGUCAAGAAGAGCCCGGCCGGCAUCUUAAAGAUUAUUCACGAUAAAUACAGGGGCAAGAAACCCACAGAUCCAAUGGUCCAGAAUGUUCUGCAGGAGUUUAAUGAGGCGGUCGAGGCUAACAAAGAACUGGAGUCGAUGCUACAGAGUGGACUGAUUAUUGAGCUCACUCCAUUGAUGGUCCAACAUCUAUUCCGUCGCAUCCCUGUACCAGACAUCUUACUACUGGGUAUGAACGUCAAGCUGUCUAAACCGGAGGAUUUGAUAUUGACACGUUUACCCGUACCGCCGGUCUGCAUCCGGCCUAGUGUAGUUUCGGACGUCAAGGCUGGCACUAACGAAGACGAUUUAACGACGAAGCAGUCCGAGAUAAUGCUGAUCAACGACGUGAUAUCUCGCCACAUGUCUAGCGGGGGCAAGGUCGAGCUGGUGCUGGAAGACUGGGACUACCUCCAGCUCCACGUCUCUCUAUUUAUCAACAGUGAGAUAUCUGGGAUCCCGUUGAACAUGCAGCCGAAAAGACCAGGUCGGGGAUUAGUGCAGCGACUCAAGGGCAAGCAGGGUCGCUUCCGCGGUAACCUCUCCGGUAAACGUGUCGACUUCUCCAGCAGAACUGUCAUAUCGCCUGACCCCAAUCUUCAGAUUCAAGAGGUUGGAGUACCAGUCCACGUGGCAAAGAUCUUGACGUACCCAGAGCGGGUAUUCCCCGCUAAUCUCGAUUGGCUACGGAAACUAGUGCGCAACGGACCGGAUGUUCAUCCCGGAGCCAACUAUGUCCAGCAACGAGGAGUCGAUCACAAGAAAUUCCUCAAAUAUGGUAACAGGGAGAAAAUUGCGCAAGAAUUGAAGUGCGGUGACACGGUGGAGCGCCACCUGGUGGACGACGACGUGGUGCUGUUCAACCGCCAGCCCUCGCUGCACAAGCUGUCCAUCAUGUGCCACCGCGCGCGUGUGCAGCCGCAGCGGACAUUCCGGUUCAACGAGUGCGUCUGUACACCUUACAACGCAGAUUUUGACGGAGAUGAGAUGAACAUGCAUUUGCCACAAACUGAGGAAGCGAGAGCAGAAGCUCUUAUUCUUAUGGGGAACAAGUCAAAUCUCGUGACACCUCGUAACGGGGAACUUCUGAUCGCGGCAACUCAAGACUUCAUUACCGGCGCCUACCUUAUGACCCAACGGGACACCUUCUUCACGAAGGAAGAAGCUCAGCAGCUGGCGUGCUGUCUCCUGGCCGGACCUGAUACCAACAUGAGGAUCGACAUGCCACCCCCGGCCAUCCUGAAGCCCAGGAGGUUUUGGACUGGAAAACAAGUGUUCAGUAUAAUCAUGAAGCCCAACAAGCGCUGCGAGGUGAAAGCGAACCUCGAGACGAAGGGCAGGAACUACACCGGCAAUAAGGACAUGUGCGUUCAGGACUCUUAUGUCAUAAUCCGCAAUUCGGAGCUACUUUGCGGGUCCAUGGAUAAGAGCACGCUGGGCUCCGGUACCAAGAGCAGCGUGUUCUACGUGCUGCUGCGCGACUGGGGUGAGGACGUGGCCGUGCGCGCCAUGUGGAGGUUGUCGCGAAUGUCAUCGUACUACUUGAUGAACAAAGGUUUCAGUUUCGGUAUCAACGACGUGACGCCGGGCAAGAAACUUGUAGAAGCCAAGAACAAGCUCCUGGAGUCGGGCUAUUCCAAAUGUGACGGCUACAUCCUGGAGAUGGAAAAGGGCACGUUGCAGUGUCAACCAGGUUGUACCAUGGAAGAAACGCUGGAGGCGAUGAUGCUUAGUGAGCUUAGCAGCAUAAGAGAGUUAGCAGCCAAGGCAUGUUUUCGCGAACUCCACCCCACCAACGCUGCACUCAUUAUGGCCCAGAGUGGAUCUAAGGGAUCAAAUAUCAACAUAUCUCAGAUGAUAGCUUGUGUGGGUCAGCAGGCGUUGAAUGGCAAGAGAGUGCCCAACGGAUUCGAAGACAGAUCGCUUCCACACUUCGAAAAGCAUUCAAAAAUCCCAGCGGCGCGUGGGUUCGUCGAGAACAGUUUUUACUCAGGUCUAACGCCAACCGAAUUCUUCUUCCACACAAUGGGAGGUCGCGAGGGUCUCGUGGAUACCGCUGUGAAGACUGCAGAGACGGGGUACUUGCAGAGAAGACUCGUCAAGUCGCUGGAGGACCUGGUGCUGCACUACGACAUGACGGUGCGCAACGCCACGGGCGAGGUGGUGCAGUUCCGCUACGGCAGCGACGGGCUCGACCCCAGCUACAUGGAGGGCCGCGACCGGCCCGUGGACCUGCCGCGCGUGCUGCAGCACGUGCGCGCCUGCUUCCUGUCGCCUGACGAGGAGCCGCUAGAUGGCGAUGGCAUCGAUCUGGCAGCCCAGGAAACCCUAGCGCUAGACGAUUUUAAGACUUGUCCCGAUGAGUUCAAAGCCGAAUUACUAAAUUUCCUCAAAACAGUAUCAAAUAAAGUUCGUCUGUUGCGUGCGAGGUACGCUAUGUGUGGCACGAUAGUACACCAGCUCGAACGCUUGACUCUGACCCAGCUUGUCCAGUUCAUCAGGACUUGUCACGACAAGUACCAGAGAAGCAUUAUGGAACCGGGCACAGCUGUUGGAGCGCUCGCAGCUCAGAGUAUAGGGGAACCCGGUACUCAAAUGACGCUCAAGACAUUCCAUUUCGCCGGAGUCGCGUCCAUGAAUAUAACUCAGGGAGUCCCGCGUGUAAAGGAAAUUAUUAACGCGUCACGCGUUAUUUCAACCCCAAUCAUCACCGCAGAGCUGAUGAACCCACUUGACCAGGAGUUUGCGCGGCGGGUUAAAGGUCGCAUUGAAAAGACUACUCUGGGAGAAAUCACGAGAGAUAUUGAAGAAGUUUAUCUUUCUCACGAGGCAUUCCUAAUCAUACGGCUGGAUGUAGAGCGCAUUCGACUGCUGUGUUUGGAAGUCAACGUGCAUUCCAUUGUGUAUUCAAUUUGCACAUCAAAGUUGAAGCUGAAACCAUCAAACGUUAUAGCACUUUCCAACUUUGCGAUUAAGAUAUACGCAGAUCCAAGUAAACAUGGGGGCUGGCUGAAUAUGGCGAUGAAGCACCUCCUGAACCAAUUGCCCAAUGUCGUGGUCAAGGGUUUGUCCGGGGUGUCUCGCGCCGUCAUCGCUUGUGAUGACACAGGUCCUACCACUAAAUACAAGUUGUGUGUAGAAGGCGACGGACUGAGAGAUGUCAUAGGCACGUACGGCGUAGACGGAACAAAGACAUCUUCUAAUAAUAUCUUAGAGGUGUACAACACGCUGGGCAUCGAGGCGGCCGCGUCCACCAUCAUGAGCGAGAUCGAGGCGGUGAUGGCGGGCCACGGCAUGGCCGUCGACCGGCGCCACGUGGCGCUGCUGGCCGCGCAGAUGUGCGCGCGCGGGGAGGUGCUCGGCAUCACGCGCUACGGGCUGGCGCGCAUGAAGGAGUCCGUGCUCAACCUGGCCAGCUUCGAGAAGACCGCGGACCACCUGUUCGACGCGGCGUACUACGGGCAGCGCGACUCCAUCGAGGGCGUGUCGGAGUGCAUCAUCCUGGGCGUGCCGGCCGGCGUGGGCACCGGCAUGCUGCAGCUGCUGCACCGCCACCCGCCAGAGCCCGAGCUCGUGCCCCGGGAGCCGAUCUUCGACCGCCCGGAGUACCACCCCUCCAUAUGGGAUUAGACCCCUCGGGCAUAUUUUUGAAAAAUACCAUCGACUAAUUACUUGUAAAUAAAUUGACGUUUUACUUUUU